AUGAAUGGUUAUCAGCGAGACGGUGCCGAUCAUGAAUGGGCUUUAUACAGAAAAUCGCUGAAGCGAAUGUUGCUCGUUAAUGUCUUACAUAUGGUACUGUUCAAACUUUGUUCGCAGUUAGCGCCAAGACAGUCGCAAUAUUUAAUGCUGCUGUACUGGAUAGCUGCACAGAUCUAUUUGACAAGCGCUGGCUGCGUCAUGUGGGUCAUUGGAUUAGCGAUCAUUUUGGGCGUUCUGGUGCACUGGUUGCGCAACGAAUUGUUUUUCUGGUGCCUUAUCGUAAUUUUCAUGCUCAAAGUUACUUCUGUAGCACAUUUUAGCGAGACCGAAGAUGCCUAUUAUAGAGAGUUUAAUUAUUACUUAUACAGCGCUGUAAAGAUACUCAAUUUUUGUAUUUAUUUGUCUCGAAAUAGACUUCGAGCCGUCGACGCGCCACUGAUCAUGCGCUAUGCGCAGUAUGUAUUUUAUCCGCCAUAUUCAUUUAUACUUAUUGUUUUAUUCGACGAUUUUGAUAAGCAAAUGUCGGAAGUCGAACAGACAAACUUUGGUCGAGGAAGCUUCACUGAUUACGGCAGUAUAAUCGCUCGUCUCUUGCGUGUUGUGCUUUGGUUUGUAGCAUUCGAAGCUUUGCUACAUUCAGUUUAUAUACACUCACUUUUUUCCGUAAGCCCAGCUUUAUUCAGUACUUUAAGUGAAUAUGAGCUUGCGAGCGUGGCUUAUUUGAACGGCAAACUGUUUUAUAUGAAAUACUUGUUGAUAUUCGGAAUUCCAUCCUGGUUUGCUUUGGCUGAUGGCAUGAGACCACCAGAAGGACCGAUCUGCAUAUCGCGUAUAAGCAGCUAUUCACGCAUGUGGCGUACAUUUGAUAGAGGGCUGUAUCAGUUCCUCAAAGUUCAGGUUUGUGUGCCAUUCUCGAAGCUUCUCGUUGCCUAUGUCGUACGAGCUUACAUGGAUUGA